AUGACACUGCCGAAUGUACAUAGCAAGAGACCUUUAGAAGCUAGGGACAUAAAUUCAAUGCACCAGUCACCUCCACUGAAGAGGCGAAAUUCAUUAGGAUUUGAAAUGGCUAGUGUUUCUUUUGAUCCACCACAAGAAUCUACCUUUGACAUGAGCGCACCAUUCUCCACCUCGGCUCCUGUUCCAUCUUUGGUCUUGUCUCAGAAUCAAAAAAAGACUAGGUUACCGCAAUUGGACCAUUCAUUAAGUAGUAGCAGCAACAACAACUACAACAACAACAACAACAACAACAACAACAACAACAACAACCACAGUAACAGCAACAACAACAACAACCACAGUAACAGCAACAACAACAACAACCACAGUAACAGCAACAACAGCAAAUUGAACAUUCAUGGUAGUAACAAAACAGUGUCUAACUUCUCUCAAGAGUAUAAACACCAGAUAUUAUCAAUUCAAGAACGGUUGGGCAACAGAAAUCAUUCUACAUUGAUCCCAUCGAGACGCGAGAGUUUGAUUUCGUCCUCUGCUCAUCAGAAACCCCAGAACCCACAAGUGUCACAGAACUUCCUAGUAAGCUCAAGAACUAGCGAACUAAAUAAUCAAUUUUACGCAGUAAAUGACCAAUACCGUGAAAAGCAACAGCAGGUAGCAAGGCUCAAUGAAGAUCUUCACAGAUUACGACGCAUACAUCGAAAUUUUGCACAAAAAGUAGAAACUAUCAAGGACGAAAUAAACCAAUAUAAUGUAAAGUUUGAGUUUAUGGAGGAAACAGUACUUAAAGCAGUUGCCAAUGAGGAAAAAUUAAUUGACAUAAAACUUGAAGAAAAUCAAAUCAAAUUGGAUAAUCAGUUCAGGGAGUUGGAAUUCGAGAUGAUGCAAGAAUUAGAUGAGGUAAAGAAAUUUGACUAUACCGAAUUAAAUAAACAAAUUGAAACAUUAAAGGAAGAGGUUACAAAAGUGCGGGAUACUAUCGGAAUGGAAGAAAAUGUAAAUAGAGAAAGAUACGAGCAAGAAGUGGCUAUAAUUGAGAAGGAACUGCAUGCUAAACUUGAGAGCACCGAAAAGGCACGCAAUGAUUCGCAAUUAAAGUUGGGUGUAAAGAACAGCGAGUUUGAACAAGCUAGAGAAGGAUAUCGAAAAGCUAGUACAGCAAAAAUAAACUUGUUAGAGAUGGUGAAUGAAACAAAAUCAAAAAUACGGGUUACCGAAGAGAUGAUGAACAAUUAUUCUCAAAAUAAGAAAACUUUGCAGGCUCAAUUAAGUAUUCUCAAUAAGCAACUUGCAUCUGAACUAAAUAAGGGUGAAAGGGAAGAAGCUGAAUUUGAUCAAUUAAAGUCUAGAUACGACACAAUUGCUCAAAAGAUCAAGAAACACGAUGAACAUAGACGCAUUUUAGAAAACUCAAUAAUGGAUUAUCAGCAUAAAGUUCGAGUUUAUGCCUUGACGGACUCUGAACCAGGAACAAAUCCGCUGCUCUUUAGCAAAGAGUUCAAGAUUGGGACACCUUCAUCAUUUAUCAUUGAUGAAUUUUCUCAUUUGGCAUGCAGUACAUUACGUGGCUCAAAUGUAACCAUUGUCACCCAAUGUGUAUCAGGUUGUACAAUAACUUCAAGGUUGAUACAACCAUUGUUGGACUAUAGUGCAUCCAAAAUGCAUAAUUGGGAUAUCUGUUUGUACUACCAGUGCGUGGGGAUUACUAAAGGUGCUGACUGCAACGACAACAGCGACAACAGCGACAACAGCGACAUUAUCGAAAAUAAUAAUACGUUGAGGGACUUGAUUUCAAACACCACAAUUGAUCAACGCUCUUUGUUUGAUAGUCAAAAGAUACCAAUUGAUAGAAAUGAUCAAAACAAGUCCAUCUUGCUGAUCAAAAAUCAGCCAAUCAUCGACGUCGAUAACGCUACCUUUGUGGUUCAUAUCAUUUCAGUUAAUGGAGUCAGAAAAGGAAAAGGAAAGAGUGGUACUACUGUACCUACUCUGUUUGAUACAAAAUUGGUCGUUUUGGACAUGUCUCAUGUCUCGCCCCUGCUGUCACAAGUUGAAAUGUUAACAUUGAUUGAAAAAUCUUUUACUAACCAGCUGCGACGUGUUAGCCAUGACAAUGCUGGUACCGAUAUUUGUGCGAAUGCUGGUGAGGCCGAGACUACAUUAGCAAGAUGGAUUCUGGGCCAAAGUAAAGUCUUGGUGCUUGCCGAGAUGAAACUGGAUAUAAUGGCCAAAAAAUUACGGGAUCUAAGUUUGACUACACUUUGUGCUAAGAAAUCUAUGGUUAUGUAG